CUUGCGUUCUAAGUUUCAAGCGCCGUCACAACAGAUAAGAGGGGAGAAAAGAGAAAAGAAAGCGUGAGGGUGAGGGUGAAAAUAUAUCUCAAAGUGAAAGGUCAAAAAUGACAGCUACAGAGUUGCAGUUACCACCUGGCUUCCGGUUUCAUCCAACGGAUGAGGAGCUCGUUAUGCACUAUCUUUGCCGGAAAUGUGCGUCGCAGUCGAUCGCCGUACCUAUCAUCGCAGAAAUCGACCUUUACAAAUACGACCCAUGGGACCUUCCUGAUUUGGCCUUGUACGGAGAGAAAGAGUGGUACUUCUUUUCUCCGAGGGAUAGGAAAUAUCCGAACGGUUCAAGGCCGAACCGGGCAGCUGGGUCGGGCUACUGGAAGGCAACCGGUGCUGAUAAGCCAAUCGGACAACCAAAACCGGUCGGGAUUAAGAAGGCUUUGGUGUUUUACGCUGGGAAAGCGCCCAAAGGAGAGAAAACUAAUUGGAUUAUGCACGAGUAUCGAUUAGCUGACGUGGACCGGUCGGUUCGCAAGAAGAACAGUUUAAGGUUGGACGAUUGGGUGCUCUGCCGGAUUUACAAUAAGAAAGGCGCCAGCGAGAAACAACCACCGCAAGGAAGCGUUACGAAAAAAGCUAGCGUGAUGGCUAUUGAGGAUAAGAAGCCGGACAUCGGGACAGUUGGCAUGGACCCGUGUGGACUGCCACCAGCUCCGACGGGAACCGUUAACGAUUUUGUGUAUUUCGACACGUCGGAGUCGGUCCCUAGGCUUCACACGGACUCGAGCUGUUCGGAACACGUGGUGUCUCCCGAGUUCACGUGCGAGGUUCAAAGCGAGCCCAAAUGGAAGGAUUGGGGAAGUACCAACAACAAUGCCCUUGCUUUCUCCUAUAAUUACAUGGAUGCCACAGUAGAUACCGGGUUUGCUUCCCAUUUCCAGAGUAAUAGUCAGCUGUCGCCGCUACAGGAUGUGUUCAUGUACCUGCAGAAGCCGUUUUAGACAGACGAGAGAGAGAGAGAAAAGUUAAAAAUAGUGAACUGAGCUUCGGCGUAUCGUUCGGUAACACGAGACUUAAAAGUCCAUGAGUGUACCUGUGCGCGCUUGUAGGCAAUAAAAUUUAAAAAACAGAAAAAUUGAAAUUGGCAGAUAGAAGGGUGGGAGUGGGGGAGGCCGUUGGAAUUGAUGGAUGGUGAUCGGGCGGUGGAAGUUGGAUUUUAUGCAACGUAGAAAGAAGAAUUCUAGCAUAGGCAUGUGUACAGAUAAUCUGUAAUCACGUGUUUAGGGGGGAGUGUGUACAUGAUAAAAAGAAAAAGAAAACGGUUUUUUGGGAGGGCCCUUUCACAUUUAGGGCUUUCCACAAAAUUCUCAUAAUUUGUAGUAAGAAAAAAAUGAUUCCCUAUUUUUCUUUCAAAGGCUUAGUUUGUCAAUUGUCAAAUGAACCAUCUAGCCAAUUGGCGUCCUACUCAUUAAUACAUUUUUAUUUUUACA